AUGGCUUUCCCUCCCCCUCCUCCCCCACCACCACCAGGGCCCCCGGGCUCUGGAUUCGCGCCACCACCUCCUCCUCCCCCGGGUCCUCCAGGUUCUGGAUAUGCGCCGCCGCCGCCGCCGCCCCCUCCUGGACCACCAGGCUCUGCUGUAGGCCCGCCUGGCAUGCGACCACCCAUCGACCCGCAAGUCGCAAAGUUUGCACAGAAGAAGAAGGACUGGUUACGGCAACAACGCCAGAGAUUUGGCGAGAAGCGCAAGGCAGGCUACGUCGAGACACAAAAGGCGGAUCUACCCCCGGAGCAUCUGCGCAAGGUGUUCAGAGAUAUUGGAGACGUAUCCCAGAAGAAGUUCACCACGGACAAGCGAAGCUAUCUCGGUGCACUCAAGUUCAUGCCACAUGCCGUUCUCAAGCUUUUGGAGAACAUGCCCAUGCCUUGGGAGAGUAGACGCGAUGUAAAAGUCCUCUACCACACCAACGGAUGUCUGACACUAGUCAACGAGGUCCCUCGUGUGAUUGAGCCUGUCUUUCAUGCUCAAUGGGCAGCUAUGUGGUUAGCUAUGAGGAAGGAGAAGAGCGAUCGCCGACAUUUCAAGCGCAUGCGCUUCCCGCCCUUUGACGAUGAAGAGCCGCCUCUAUCAUACUCGGAGAACAUUGAAGAUGUUGAGCCCCUGGAGCCUAUUCAGCUGGAGCUCGACGAGGACGAAGACAGCCCCGUAUACGAGUGGUUCUACGAGCACCGGGCGCUUCUCGAUACUCCACAUGUCAAUGGACCGAGCUAUGAGACAUGGAACUUGGACCUGCCUCAGAUGGCAACGUUAUACCGUCUCAGCAAGCAGCUCCUAAGCGACAUUGUAGACAAGAACUAUUUCCACAUGUUUGACAUGGACAGCUUCCAGACAGCAAAGGCACUCAACGUUGCGAUACCCGGAGGACCCCGCUUCGAGCCAUUGUACAAGGACAUCGACCCGAAUGACGAGGAUUUUGGCGAGUUCAACGCCAUUGAUCGCAUCAUUUUCCGAUCUCCCAUUCGUACAGAGUACCGCGUGUCAUACCCAUAUCUAUACAACUCCCUGCCGCGAAGUGUCAAGCUGGCUUGGUAUUCUCAUCCGCAGGUCGUAUACGUUCGUGCUGAGGAUCCGGAUUUGCCAGCUUUCUACUUCGAUCCUGGAAUCAACCCCAUCUCUUCCAGAGCCGUUGCUCCGAAGAACAUCUCCGUAAGCCAUGAGGAUAUGGUCUUUGGCGAAGACGACGAGGACGACGAGGACGACUUCCAGAUGCCAGAAGAGAUGGAACCUUUCAUGGCCGAUGAGGAGCUCUCCACUUCAGAAACUGCUUCAGCCAUCGCACUUUGGUGGGCACCUCACCCAUUCGACAAACGAUCAGGUCGCAUGGUACGAGCACAAGACGUACCUCUAGUCAAGCAGUGGUAUCUUGAGCACGUUCCUGCAGGUCAGCCUGUCAAAGUCCGGGUCUCAUACCAGAAAUUGCUAAAGACUUUUGUCUUGAACGAGUUGCAUAAGAAGCCACCACAAGCACAAAAUAAGCAGAAUUUGAUGCGGACGCUCAAGAGCACCAAGUUCUUCCAGCAGACCAAGAUUGAUUGGGUUGAGGCGGGCCUGCAGGUCUGCCGACAAGGUUACAACAUGUUGAACCUGCUUAUUCACCGGAAGAACUUGACGUAUCUGCAUCUUGAUUACAACUUCAAUUUGAAGCCUGUCAAGACGCUCACCACCAAGGAGCGGAAGAAGUCGCGUUUCGGAAACGCUUUCCACCUUAUGCGUGAGAUUCUGAGGUUGACCAAGCUCAUCGUUGAUGCCCAGGUCCAGUACCGUCUAGGCAACAUCGACGCUUUCCAACUUGCUGAUGGCAUCCUCUACGCCUUCAACCACGUUGGUCAGUUGACUGGCAUGUACCGAUACAAGUACAAACUGAUGCACCAGAUUCGUUCUUGCAAGGACCUGAAGCAUCUGAUUUACUACCGGUUCAACUCUGGCCCCGUUGGUAAGGGACCGGGCUGUGGUUUCUGGGCCCCUGCUUGGAGAGUCUGGUUGUUCUUCAUGCGCGGUAUCAUCCCUCUGCUGGAGCGCUGGCUCGGUAACUUGCUCUCCCGUCAAUUUGAAGGCAGACAUAGCAAAGGUGUCGCGAAGACUGUCACAAAGCAGCGUGUUGAAUCCCACUUUGACUUGGAGCUCCGCGCUGCCGUCAUGAGUGAUCUCAUGGAUAUGAUGCCUGAGGGAAUCAAGCAAAACAAGGUCAACACUGUUUUGCAGCACCUGUCGGAAGCAUGGCGUUGCUGGAAGAGUAACAUUCCCUGGAAGGUACCCGGUCUACCAGCGCCGAUCGAGAACAUCAUCCUGCGAUACGUCAAGAGCAAGGCAGACUGGUGGAUCUCGGUCGCACACUACAACCGUGAGCGUAUUCGACGCGGCGCUACAGUUGACAAGACUGUGGCCAAGAAGAACCUGGGACGAUUGACGCGUCUGUGGCUCAAGGCCGAACAGGAGAGGCAGCACAACUACAUGAAGGAUGGUCCUUACGUCUCUUCCGAAGAGGCUGUUGCCAUCUACACGACCAUGGUACAUUGGCUGGAGGCGAGGAAGUUCCAACCAAUUCCCUUCCCUAGCGUCUCUUACAAGCACGACACCAAGAUUCUCAUCUUGGCGUUAGAGCGCCUCAGAGAGGCGUACUCUGUCAAGGGUAGACUCAACCAGAGUCAGCGUGAAGAAUUGGCACUCAUCGAGCAGGCUUAUGAUUCUCCGGGUACUACUCUGGCGCGUAUUAAGCGCUUCCUACUUACCCAGCGUGCUUUCAAGGAGGUUGGAAUCGACAUGAACGACAACUACAGCAACAUCAACCCGGUCUACGACAUCGAGCCCAUGGAGAAGAUCACUGAUGCCUACCUUGACCAAUACCUGUGGUACCAAGCUGAUCAACGGCAUCUGUUCCCAGCCUGGAUCAAGCCCUCAGACUCUGAGGUUCCGCCUCUCCUGACAUACAAGUGGGCACAGGGUAUCAACAACCUUGACAAGGUCUGGGAAACUCAAGAUGGAGAGUGUAACGUCAUGAUUGAGACUCAGCUGUCGAAGGUCUACGAGAAGAUUGAUCUAACCAUGUUGAACCGUUUGUUGCGUCUCAUCAUGGACCACAAUUUGGCAGACUACAUCACGGCGAAGAACAACGUGCAGCUCAACUACAAGGAUAUGAACCACGUCAACGCUUACGGUAUGAUCCGUGGUCUACAAUUCUCCGGAUUCGUCUUCCAGUUCUAUGGUCUCGUGCUGGAUAUCCUCCUUCUAGGUUUGCAGCGUGCGAACGAGAUUGCUGGUGCACCAGAAAGCCCGAACGAUUUCCUGCAGUUCAAGGACAGGGACACCGAGGUCCGCCACCCGAUCCGAUUGUACACCAGGUACAUUGACCGUAUCUGGGUCUUCUUCAGGUUCACCGCUGAUGAGUCGCGCGAUCUGAUUCAGCGUUUCUUGACUGAGAACCCGGACCCUAAUUUCGAAAACGUUGUCGGGUAUAAGAACAAGAAAUGUUGGCCACGUGACUCUAGGAUGCGACUGAUGCGUCACGAUGUCAACCUGGGUCGCGCAGUCUUUUGGGAUCUCAAGAACCGCCUUCCGCGGUCAGUAACCACGAUUGAGUGGGACGACACUUUCGCUAGUGUUUACAGUCGUGACAACCCCAACCUGCUCUUCUCGAUGAAUGGCUUUGAAGUCCGCAUCUUGCCCAAGAUCCGCAACUUGACUGGCGAAUUCCCUGUUAAGGACAGUGUAUGGUCGCUCGUCGACAACUCUACCAAGGAGCGUACCGCAGAUGCUUUCUUGCAGGUCACCGAGGAAGACAUUCAAAAGUUCAACAACCGCAUUAGGCAAAUCCUUAUGUCGUCUGGAUCCACUACAUUCACGAAGAUUGCCAACAAGUGGAACACGACUCUCAUCGCACUCUUCACUUACUACCGUGAGGCCGCCGUCUCCACUGUCAAUCUACUUGAUACCAUCGUCAAGUGCGAAACCAAGAUCCAGACGCGUGUGAAGAUUGGUCUUAACUCAAAGAUGCCGUCUCGUUUCCCUCCUGCCGUGUUCUACACACCGAAGGAGCUGGGUGGUCUAGGUAUGAUCUCCGGAUCCCACAUCCUCAUCCCCACCAGCGACAAACGAUGGUCAAAGCAGACUGACACUGGUGUUACGCACUACCGUGCCGGUAUGUCGCACGAUGAAGAGACUCUCAUUCCUAACAUUUUCCGUUACAUCAUCCCUUGGGAGUCCGAGUUCGUCGACUCCCAGCGUGUGUGGAUGGAGUAUUCUCAGAAGCGCCAAGAGGCUCAACAACAGAACCGACGACUAACCUUGGAGGAUCUGGAGGACAGCUGGGACCGUGGUCUUCCUCGUAUCAACACACUGUUCCAAAAGGAUCGUUCCACUCUCAGUUUUGACAAGGGUUUCCGCGCACGUACGGAGUUCAAGAUCUACCAACACAUGAAGAGCAACCCGUUCUGGUGGACAAGCCAACGCCACGACGGUAAGCUCUGGAAUUUGAACGCAUAUAGAACAGAUGUUAUCCAAGCCUUGGGUGGUGUUGAAACCAUCCUGGAGCAUACAUUGUUCAAGGCGACGGCUUUCCCAUCGUGGGAAGGUCUCUUUUGGGAAAAGGCAUCAGGUUUUGAAGAAUCAAUGAAGUUCAAGAAGCUUACCAACGCCCAACGUUCCGGUCUUAACCAGAUUCCCAACCGUCGCUUCACUCUUUGGUGGUCACCAACCAUCAACCGAGCCAACGUCUAUGUCGGUUUCCAGGUCCAGCUGGAUCUUACGGGUAUCUUCUUGCACGGAAAAAUCCCCACGCUCAAGAUCUCGCUCAUUCAAAUCUUCCGAGCCCAUUUGUGGCAGAAGAUUCACGAAUCGGUUGUCAUGGACUUGUGUCAGGUCUUCGACCAGGAGCUCGAAGCUCUUGGUAUCGAGACUGUCCAGAAGGAGACUAUCCAUCCCCGAAAGUCGUACAAGAUGAACAGCUCUUGCGCUGACAUCCUGCUUUUCGCCAGCCAUAAGUGGAGUGUCUCACCGCCGUCUAUGCUUUACGACACCAAGGAUACCAUGAGCGCUACCACAACGAACAAGUUCUGGAUAGACGUCCAACUACGAUAUGGUGAUUACGAUUCUCAUGACAUCGAGCGAUACGUACGCGCAAAGUACCUUGACUACACUCAGGAUAGCAUGAGUAUCUACCCGUCUGCUACUGGUCUUAUGAUCGGUAUCGACCUGGCCUACAACCUGUACUCAGCGUACGGACAAUACUUCCCUGGUCUCAAACAGCUCGUUCAGCAAGCAAUGGCCAAGGUCAUGAAGGCCAACCCUGCCCUUUACGUCCUUCGUGAGCGUAUCAGGAAGGGUCUUCAGCUGUACGCGUCAGAAAGUUCUCAAGAGUUCCUCAACUCGCAGAACUACUCUGAACUGUUCAGCAACCAGAUCCAAUUGUUUAUCGAUGACACCAACGUCUAUCGUGUAACAAUCCACAAGACCUUCGAAGGUAACUUGACGACAAAACCUAUCAACGGUGCCAUCUUCAUCUUCAACCCUCGCACUGGACAACUGUUCUUGAAGAUUAUCCACACGAGUGUCUGGGCUGGUCAGAAGCGUCUUGGUCAAUUGGCGAAGUGGAAGACUGCUGAAGAAGUGGCGGCUCUCAUUCGAUCUCUGCCCGUGGAAGAGCAGCCGAAGCAGCUUAUCGUGACCCGUAAGGGUCUGCUCGACCCUCUCGAGGUGCAUUUGCUUGAUUUCCCCAACAUCUCCAUCCGUGCCUCGGAAUUGCAACUCCCCUUCCAGGCUGCUAUGAAGGUCGAGAAGCUUGGUGACAUGAUUCUUCGAGCGACCGGACCUCAGAUGGUGCUCUUCAACUUGUACGACGAGUGGCUCAAGACGAUCUCUUCGUACACCGCUUUCUCUCGUUUGAUCCUCAUUUUGCGUGCAUUGCACGUCAACCAGGACAAGACCAAGCUACUGCUGCGGCCAGAUAAGACCGUCAUCACGCAAGAACAUCACAUCUGGCCCUCACUAGCUGAUGAAGAUUGGAUCAAGGUCGAGGUACAAUUGCGAGAUCUCAUCCUGCUUGACUAUGGAAAGAAGAACAAUGUCAACACUUCAUCGCUCACCAGCAGUGAAGUCCGUGACAUUAUCCUCGGUAUGGAGAUCUCUGCACCUUCGAUGCAACGUCAGCAAGCUGCCGAAAUCGACAAGCAGCAAGAAGAGCAACAGCAGUUGACUGCUGUGACGACCAAGACCCAAAACAUCCACGGUGAGGAGAUGGUUGUCACCACUACGUCGCAAUACGAACAGGCGUCGUUCGCUUCCAAGACUGAGUGGCGGACGAGGGCCGUGGCCACUUCCAACUUGCGCACUCGUGCGAAUAACAUCUACAUCAACUCUGAGGAUGUCAAGGAAGAGGGCCACUUUACGUACGUCAUGCCCAAGAAUGUGCUGAAGCGCUUCAUCACCAUCGCCGACCUCCGUGUCCAGGUUGCUGGUUACCUGUACGGAAGGUCUCCGCCAGACAACGACCAGGUCAAGGAGAUUAGCACGAUCGUCAUGAUUCCUCAAGUCGGAAACACCCGCGAUGUUCAGCUUCCCAAGGAAUUGCCCAGACAUGAGUACCUUGAUAACCUUGAGCCUCUGGGCAUUAUUCACACUGUUAGUGGUAAUGAGCCACCAUACAUGCAAGCCAGCGAUGUUACCCAGCACGCUCGCCUCAUGAACCAGCACGCCAGUUGGGACAAGAAGACUGUCUCCAUGACCGUCUCCUUCACCCCUGGUUCCGUUUCACUCGCUGCCUGGGCUCUUACCCCGAACGGCUACAAAUGGGGUGCUGAGAACAAGGACACCAUGUCCGACAACCCGACAGGUUUCAGCACCAGCUUUGGCGAGAAGUGCCAGUUGCUGCUGUCAGACAAAAUACGAGGCUACUUCCUGGUGCCAGAUAACGGCAUCUGGAACUACAGCUUCAUGGGUAGCACAUUCGGUUCUGUAGAAAAGAAGCCAGUUCACGUGCGUCUCGAUACGCCUGUCCGCUUCUACGACAGUAUACAUCGACCACUGCAUUUCCACAACUUUGCCGAGUUGGAAGACGUCUGGGUCGAUCGCGAGAACCAGUUUGAGUAG